UUGACAAGACAAUAAUGACGUUUUACAUUAUCAUCAUUCAGCAUUUAAAUUUUAAAGAUUCUUUUCUUUGAAAUAGAUAGCGGUGGUGUACGACUGUAUAAAAUCACUCGUCUCUAAAUUUGGGAUAACUAUUAUUUACGUCCUAGUAACAGUACACGGUAUCACCAUUUUAGUUCUUUCGGAUUAGACAACACAAUUUGGAAAACCAGUUUUGAUGUUUGUAUACGUUUACGUACGUCUUCUAAUUUAAGAAGUAAUUUAAGUAAUAACGGUUGUGGUUAACAUUUCUGGUGUUGAUACGGAUUUUUUAUUUUUGGUAUACCACAUGAGCAUUUCCUACAGUGAUUAUGAAUUAAGUCAUUUUUCAUCAAUUUAUCGUGAUUUUUCAUACCUAAGUGUAAUUUGGAGGUUAUACAUUUUUGCUUACUGGGAUCCAUCACAAUGAAAACAAACAAGAAGACCGAUAAUGAUAUUACCGCGGCGGAAGGAAAUCUUCUCCAGCCCCCUAAUGAAGAAGUGUCAUCAUCAAGAAAUCCGCUGAUGAAAGUGAGAACAUACGUGGUUGCGUUGCGGCCGUGGUCUUUAAGUGGUAGCUUGUUACCAACGUUACUUGGUGCCGCGCUGUCAUACCGACUUCCAGGAGAGAGUGGAUUCAGUUGGGUAACGUUACUUCUCACCCUUUGUACCGUUGUCCCCGUGCACGGAGCCGGUAAUGUAGUGAACACAUACUUUGAUUUCGUCAAAGGCAUUGACAACCGCAAAUCCGACGACAGAACUCUUGUUGACCGUUUACUGAGUAUUGAUGAAGUAGUCUCAUUGGGAGCUUUACUGUACAUGGCAGGUUGUGCAUUCUUUUUACUUUUAGUUAUCUUGUCACCUGCCAGAAUGGAACAUCUGGCCUUAGUGUAUUUUGGUGGCUUGUCAUCUUCAUUUCUUUACACUGGGGGAAUAGGUCUAAAAUAUAUAGCCCUGGGUGAUAUUGUGGUUCUAGUCAUAUUUGGACCAGUUGCUGUAGUAUUUUCCUUUUUGGCUCAGACAGGAAGAGUGGACUGGCCAAUUAUUUACUAUGCUAUACCCCUUGCUCUCAACACUGAAGCUAUACUACAUAGUAACAAUACAAGAGACCUUGAAAUAGACAGUAAGGCUGAAAUUGUAACAUUGGCUAUUUUAAUAGGCAAAACAGCGUCAUACUUACUUUAUGCAUUUUUGUUGUUUACUCCAUAUAUAAUGUUUGUGGUUGCAUCUGUGAGGUGUUCUCUUUGGUUCCUGUUACCAAUGUUAACUUUGCCUCGAGCAUUUGAUAUUGAAAGAAGGUUCAGAUGUCUGGACACAAUGCAGUAUGUACCACGUCAGACAGCUAGAUUAAAUUUCUAUUUUGGUAUGUUGUAUAUAAUUUCUUGUUUAUUUGCUAAUAGACUACCAUUUUUAUUGAGACAGUAACAUGACUGUUUUAUUAUUUGUGUACUUAUUGAGCUUAUUACAUAAACAAUGCAUAUAGACUGUCUACAAAGUUAUCAUUUCAUAGCAAUUUACAUGCUUUGAAAUAUUAUGUAGUUUAUUUUAGUAUUUAAUGGUAAAUUAUUAUAAGAUGUGGCUACUAUGUUCUUAAUUACAUUGAAGACUUUUAAGGUAGAUUGUUUCAAAAAUAACAUAAAAAAAUUUUGGACCA